UAACUUAAUUAUGUCACUUGGGAGGUGAAGUUGAGUGAUCUUUUGUAGUACAUGUAUCUUUUUUUUUUUGAGAGAGAGAGGUAUAUAUACAAGGAAAUUGUCAUUUUUAGUAUUAUGCAUAUUACAUCGAAUAAGGAGUAUUUACCUAAAUAAUUCAGAAAUUUUGCCAUAAGAACUUAUCAUGCGCUGCAGUAUUAUUUUAGUUAUUCUGACACUGGUUUCUAUCAGCGAUGCAUGGUUUUUCCGUCGUAGUAAAAGUAAAUCUAGUGGAUCAGGAGGAUCGAUUAAUAGAAGGCUUCCCCAUGAUAUGAACAAGAAAGGUCUUACAAAACUGUACAACAGCAAAGUCACGAAAGUUGAAAGUUAUUCAAGACCACUUAACGGAUUUCUAGGGAAAAUUGGAAUAAAACAUACUGGAGUUGUAGCUACUACUAAAAAUGGUGGCAAGUUUCUAGUCCACAAAGGCCCUGGUUAUGGGAAGUCUUCCAGUACAGUCGUUGUCAAUGCCAAACAUAUGUCUAACAAAUGGACAAAAACAGGAGAAAAAACAGCAUCUGGUCGAAAAACAAUUUCUGAUGUCAUGAAGGAUGGCUAUGUCAACAAAAAGUAUGGCUUUGGUCUAAACCAAAAAAUAUGCUGGGGUGCCUCUAAGAAUAUAAUGAAAAAUGCGGAUCGGCACAAGCGAAGUUGUUAGAAUAUACUCUGAGUUGUUUCUUUUUUGUAUGCAUGCUAAAUAUUUUAUAUUAAAAUCUAUUUAUGAAUGUUAAAAACUGCCAAAAUAUGAUUAUCUUGUACUUGAUUUUUAGAUAUGUACUCAAAAAUAUUUUUUGCCUAAAAUAUGUUUUAAAGAAAGAUGUAGAAGUAACUAAAAUAUCUGUUGAGGUAAAUUCAAUGGUCAUAUACAGUUUUGCCAAAAACUAUUUUUUUAAAUACCAGGUCAGGUCACAUAAGAGUAUUACAAUAUCUGAAGAUGGUGAAUUAAAGUACACGUUUGAAAAACAGUACAAAAACGUCAGAUGUAAUGUUAUUGUAUUAUCAUAAACACGUCGAUAUUCAAACUACUAAAUAUUUUUAUUUCCAUGCCAAAACAUUCUUAUAUCUUGAAGACUUUUCUCUUUGUAACCGUUUUCUAACAAACUGAUCUGAACGAGCUAUGCAAACAAUAGUGACAGUUAUAGAAUAUGAUCUUGUAUUUUGCAAAAUAUAGGGAAUUUUGGGUCCUCAAUACUUUAUGCAUACUUUAUUUGAGCUUUUAACUCUUUUGAUUCUAGAAUCUUUAGUAGACGAAAGUGCGUUUCUGGCGUUCAUCAUUUUAAUCGUAGUAUAUAUGAUGAAUUUAUUGAAUAUUUAACAUUACUUUGACUUUAAAGCAAGAUAUUUGAGCAAACUUAAUAUCGUACAUGUAUUAUGCGAGCUAUUUUGUUUUUCCAAAGUUUAUCGACAAAAAGUCAGCAUUUCGAAAUCCAUCCCUUGGUCCCUAAUGGUCUUAUUUCUUUUUGCAGUACAUUGCCGUUAUUUUUUUGCUGUGUGCAAAUUGUGCAUGCAAACCAUGCAGUUAUUGUAAUAAUUGUUAUGUUGUGUUUAUAUUUUCAUUCGUGUCUCAUUAGAGCUUGUUUUGCAUAAUUUUCUAAAAAGAGUGCCAAAUCAAAAUAAAACUCUUGUAUCUUA